AAUGAUGCCAGAAAGUAAGGUAUGAGACGAUGCGCAAGAUGGCGCAAGAUAAUAGGUCUUUGAAGCACGUCUCGAAACCCACUCGCUGCGCCUGGGUGAAACGCUUCGACAGAUGAUCGGCAAGCAAUGGCAGCGGCUAUCCCGUGGGUGUCCUCGCGACUUUCACAACCAGACAUAUAUCGUCUAUCUCAUAUCACUGCUGCUGGUCCAAAAGAAGGAGGCCAGGGAUCGCUGCGUGGCGGUCUGCAUCAUUGGGCCCUCUCAUCACGACCACCACCACAACGUCCAGCAUGCAGCUACUAUUAUCAGGAACCCGCCGGCGGGUGCUGCAACAGGCCGAGAAAGAUGCCUCACUAUUCCCAGUCAAUCAGGAGAUGCCUCAAUGCUGCAGUGCGACUCUCCUCUUCCUUGUGCACCUGCAGAUGUCGAGCGACUUUCAUUGGAUCUUGGCGGCCAACCCCAGAGUUGCCAGCCAUUCAAAGCAAGGACGGGCCGUGGCUUGCCCCGCAGAUGUUCUCCUGCCUGCAGCAACAAGCAUCUGUUGUCCUCUGACAUCAGUACGUUUGGGUUGGGGCAGAAUCGAACGACAUCAUGGCUCGAUAUGAUGCGACGAGCAAGGCGGGGGGCUCGAUUAUCCUCUUGAUAUGCGACUGCCAGACGGUCAGAGUAUGAAAGCGAAAGCAACCGUUGAGGACUCGAAAGAGCAGUUGUCGUUGGAUGCUCCAUCAGACCAACACUGCCAAGCUCAGCCCGUUUCCUAGAUAAGGGGACCCCUAUGUGAGAUCUGAAAUGCAUCUGCAAUCCAUAUGAACGUGUUCAACGCUUCUAGGACAUUAUGGAUUCAUUAUGCAGCAGGAAACGAACAGGAUCUCACCAAGUCGCCCGACAUAAAGGAAUAAUGCACUCGAAUCACCUCUGGACACUGCGGUUACCCCAGGCCCCCAGUGUUCAGUGCUUCACACCAAUUGAUUAGUAUCUGCAGGACCAUGUGGUCCCCAGCAAUCGCAGAAAUGCGGGAAGGACAUGCGCUAAGCCCAAAGCGCUGUCGCCUGC